GGCAGAAAAGCCAUCAUGGCAGACCUGGGCUGCAAAAAGCCCAGCGACUGCACUGUCUCCAGGCUCCUCAGCGUAGUGGAGAGUGAACUCCGGGCUGGAAGAGACAAAGGCGACCCCACGGAGAAACAGCUCCAGGUUGUCUUGGAGGAUGCGACGCUAUGGCAGAGAUUCAGGGAAGUCACUAAUGAGAUGAUCGUGACCAAGAAUGGCAGGCGGAUGUUCCCUGUUUUGAAGAUCAGUGUGUCAGGCUUGGAUCCAAAUGCCAUGUAUUCCUUCCUGCUGGAUUUUGCUCCGACUGAUGGCCACCGCUGGAAGUAUGUCAAUGGAGAAUGGGUGCCAGCUGGGAAACCAGAGCCACCGAACCACAGCUGUGUCUACAUCCACCCAGACUCUCCCAACUUUGGGGCUCAUUGGAUGAAAGCUGCCAUUUCCUUCAGCAAAGUCAAACUUACCAACAAGCUCAAUGGGAGUGGGCAGAUAAUGUUGAACUCCCUGCACAAAUACGAGCCCCAGGUGCACAUUGUUCGUGUAGGAGGCCCCCACCGGAUGGUGAUGAACUGCUCCUUCCCUGAGACGCAGUUCAUAGCGGUGACUGCCUACCAGAAUGAAGAGAUAACAGCUCUCAAAAUCAAGUAUAAUCCCUUUGCCAAAGCCUUCCUGGAUGCAAAGGAAAGAAACCAUUCUAAGGAUGCUCCAGAGACAGUCUCUGAAGGUCAACAUAUGACAUAUUCUCACCUGGGUGGCUGGUUGAUUUCCAACCCAGAGCCAAUGUGUGCCUCGGGAAGCUCUAAUUACCAGUAUGGUGGAGCUUUGCCUCUGCCCGCUCCACAGGCUCCCCACAGCUGCGAGAGACUCUCGGCCCUGCGAGGCCAUCGGGCUGCUCCAUACCCACCCUCCUACAUGCAGAGGAAUCACUCCCCCUCAGUUAACUUAUUGGACAGCUCCAGCAAUAAUGUUCAGGUAUUCUCAGGACACGAUAGCUGGACUUUGCCAUCCUCUUCACAGACUAAUUUGAUCUCAAUGCCACACACAAAGGGAGGUGCCAGCCCUGGACCCAGCCACUACCCUUGCCUGUGGACAGUGAGCAACAGUGCUGUAAAUGCUGCCAACCCAGGAAGCGAGGUGAACAGCAACCCUCCAAGUGUGUUUUUAAGGGGUAAUAUCCCCUUACCUGCUGCAUCAUCAGUGCAAAUCCCUCUGCAGGGAAUGGUGUCUGGCAGCAUGGAGGCACAAGGGGAAGGCACUCUCACCAGACUGAGUGACUCUGCAUGGACAUCCCCACACUUCUUUCAAUGGACAGGCAGCUCCUGAGGGAAGCUCAGCCAACCAAGACUGACACAAAUGGCAAAUGAUCCCUUAGGAGUGCAGUGCAGAAAUGUAUGCAGGAAAAGGACUUCAUCACUUCCCAUAAUGUACCUUUUGUG